AUGCCGUACAUUCAGGUACUAAUACAUGGUGGUUCGGGUGGUGUUGGUCAAGCAGCAAUUGCGGUAGCGCUGUCUCGUGGGUGUGAAGUAUACACGACAGUUGGUAAUGCGGAGAAAAAAGCAUUCUUGCAAAAGCGUUUUCCACAGUUGAAAGACAAACAUUUUGCAAAUUCUCGGAACGCAGAUUUCGAGCUUCAUAUUCGACACCAAACGCGCGGUCGGGGUGUUGACGUUGUGCUCAAUUCAUUAGCCCAGCAUAUGUUGCAGGCUUCUGUUCGUUGUCUUGCUCAAAAUGGACGGUUCCUAGAAAUUGGUAAAGUAGAUUUAUCACAGAAUUCACCUCUUGGUAUGGCAGUUUUCCUCAAAAAUGUAACUUUUCAUGGUGUGCUACUGGAUGCUGUAAUGGAUCCAAGCAUUGGGAAGAAAGAGGACUGGCAGGUUUGCUGCAUUUGUUGA